AUGUCUCACGCCGAGAACAAAACGCAAAGAGACAUCUUGAGAGAAGAGGAGAAAAAGCCACGUUCCAAAAGUCGCUUUGCGAAAAGAGAAGCCGAAAAGCACAUUUCCCCUUCCCCUCCAUCCAUGGUGUUGAAGAAAGCCCACAAAUCAGAAUCGCGUAUUUCUCCCGGGGUAAGGUUCACCGGCUCGUCGGGGGCCACCGGGAGGACGUUCCCCGGAGAACCCAACCCGCUGGAUCUACAGACUACAGCUCGCGCUAACACCGCUUCCGGAGUCCGGGAACAGACCAGGGAGGCAAAUGUGGAAGGAAGCGCCAUGCAAGUUCGUCCUGUGGAUGGAAAGGGACAGGGCCGGAGGCUUUGGGACUUUGGCAAGACGCAAGCAGCUUUUUGGCAAACAUGUGAUGACACUACAGUAGACCGCUCACCGACCGGAUUAGGCCUGAAAACGUCCCCUUUGUGUGGCAUGUCUCUUCCUGAAGCAACGGGGCUCCAACGUUCAUCAUCAGCAUCCUUACACCAUGCGAUGAAGAUCAAAGACGAACGCAAAGAUUUGGCCUCGGGCCUAGAUUGCACGACUAGUCCGCCUUACCACCGGGAAGCUCUUCCCCUAGUGUCGAAAUGGCACCGCCACGCGAGACAUUCUUCUACUUCAUUUGGGCAGAAGGAAGAAAUCAGCACCGGUCUGACGCUCUGGCGUUCUUCCGGCGCAUCACCAGGUCCUCGGGGUAGCUGCCCCGGGGUUCCGGCGCGUGUAAGAUUGAUUCGCGCUCCGGCUUGCGUCGGCAGCCUCUCCGAGAACCCACCCUACAACUCCUUGCCUCUCCCCCGGGAGGGCGCGAACUUGUCAAUCUAG